CCGGACGCGCUGUCCGACGACGUCGCGAUACGCGCGGCGAUGACCGCGGACCCGGCGUGGUGCCGCGAGACGAGACCGGCGCCGUUCGUCACCGUCCCGCUCGCCGUCGAGGAAGGCAUGCUGACCGGCACGAUCGACGUCGACGCGUCCGUGAAAGCGGCGCGGCCGGUGUUUCUCCCCGGGUGCCUCGCGCGCGCGCACAGAGGCGUGCUGUACCUCGACGACCUGAACCUGCUCGAGGACUCGCUCGCGAACGCGCUGUCAGUCGCCGUCGGCGGCGACGGCGUGAAUCGCGUCGAGCGCGAGAACAUGAGCGUAACGCAUCCGUGUCGGCCGUUGACGAUCGCGACGUUUAAUCCGGAGGAGGGGGACGUCCGCGAGCACGUCUUGGAUCGCUUCGCGAUGAUCAUCAGCGCGGACGAGACGUUCAGCGUGCGACAGAGGGUCGAGGGCACGAUCGUCGCGAGUCGGUGGCAGGCGCGUUCUUUCUAUGCGCCGGCGGCGGAGGACGAGGAGGAUCUCCGACUGUCCGUCGCGCUCGCGCGCGCGACGCUCCCGCGCGUCGUCAUAUCCGACGCGCAGAUCGCGUAUCUCGUCGACCGCGCCAUCGCGGGCGCGUGUCAGGGCCACAGACCGGAGAUCUUCGCGGCGAAGAUCGCGCGCGCGUCCGCGGCGUUGCGAGGGAGCGAGAGCGUGUCGAGCGGGGACCUGAACGUCGCCGUCGCGUUGGCCAUCGCGCCGCGGGCGACGGCGCCGUUGGACGUGUCUACGCCGCCGCCGCCGCCGCCGACCGCGCCGCCGCCGCCGCCGCCGUCGCCAAAGGCGGGCGAGGAAGAGGAGGAGAAAGAAGGGGAGGAGGAGGAGGAGGAGGAGGAGACGCCGCCGCCGCCGGAAGAGGAAGAGGAAGAGGAACGGGAAGAGGAAAAACAGGACGAGGAGAUCCCGCCCGAGCUCGUCUUCGCGCCGGACGACGCCGCCGCCGCGACGCUCGACCCCGCGCUCGCCGCGAUGUUCACGCAAUCGCUGCAGCGGAAACCCGGUCGCGCGGGCCGCGCGAAGAAGAACGUCGUCUUCUCGCUCGAGCGCGGGAGAUACGUCAAGCCGGUGUUCCCUCGUGGUGGCGUGAUCAAACGCGUCGCCAUCGACGCGACGCUGCGCGCAGCGGCGCCGCGGCAGCUUUUCCGCCGGCGACGAUUACGCCUCCCUCCGGAGUCGAAGCGCGUGAUCGUCGCCAAAGACGACCUCCGGAACAAGCGCAUGUCGCGCCGCGCGGGAUCGUUGACGAUCUUCCUCGUCGACGCGUCCGGGAGCAUGGCGAUGAACCGCAUGGCCGCCGCGAAGGGCGCCGCGUUGCGGCUCAUCUCGGAGAGCUACACGAAACGCGAUUCCGUCGCGCUCGUCGUCGCGCGCGGCGACGCCGCCGCCGUCGCGCUUCCGCCGUCCCGGAGCGUCGUCCUCGCGCGACGACGGCUCGCGGAGCUUCCGUGCGGCGGCGGGACGCCGCUCGCGCACGGGUUGGUGACGGCCGCGCGGGUCGCGAUCAACGCGGAGAAAACCGGCCGCUCUGGCGGCGGCGGCGGCGCCAGCCGCGUGCGCGUAGUGUGCCUCACCGACGGCGGCGCGAACGUCGGGUUAGACCGCUCGCAGCAGCCCGAAAACGAGCGAUGCGACAUCUCCGAGUACGUCCCCUCACGCGCGGCGCUGCGCGAGGAGGCGAUAGACGCCGCGAAGAGAGUAGGGAAGGCGGGCGUUUCCCUCCUCGUCGUCGACACCGAGUCGCGUUUCGCGCGGCCGCUCGAAGGGCGCCGCGGAGCCGGCCCGGGCGGCGAGAGGGAGGAGAGUCUGACGCGGACGAUCGCGCGCGCGUCCGGGGGGCGGUACUACCGACUUCCGAUGGCGACGACGAGCGGGAGGGAGGGCGCGGACGCGCUCCGGGGGAUCGCGAGCGGCGGAAGGGCGCGGUAG